AAGUAAUCAUUUUGAAUCAUCUGAAAACAAUUAUCGUACAUGAAUGACUAUAAAUUAAGGACCAACAAUUAGAUGAAGGAACACCACUGAUCAGUGUUUCCGAUCUCAUUGCAUGAACAAAAAGCAUUAAUGGAGAUUAAAGUUGAGAUAAUCAAGAGAGAGACAAUAAAACCUUCGUCUCCAACCCCACCUCACCUUAGAUGCUUCGACCUCUGCCUUAUUGAUCAGCUGCAGCCCGCAUCUUUCAUAUCAUUGCUUCUAUUCUAUUCUAAUAACACUGAUCACCCUCCUCUUACCCAUGUCAAAUCUGCAGAAAUAUCCCACACGCUAAAGGCAUCAUUAUCCGAAACUCUUACUCGCUUCUACCCACUUGCCGGGAAAGUCAAAGACAAUGUCUCAAUCGAGUGUAGCGACGACGGAGCUGAUUAUCUGGAAGUUCAAGUCAACUGCCGUCUCUCAGACAUUCUCGAACAACCUGAACGGAAAUUGCUGCGCCGAUUUCUUCCCAAAGAGAUUGACUCCAGCUGUCUGUUGCUAGUUCAAGCUAGCUUCUUUUGCUGUGGAGGAAUGGCCAUUGGGGUGCGCGUUUCCCGCAGGUUAGCCGAUGCAUCCACGGCUAGCAUGCUCAUCCAAGCCUGGGCUGGCACGGCUCUUGGGUCUGGUGAGGCAGUUCUGCUACCGGAAUUUGGCGUGGCAUCUCGGUUACCACCCAGAAGAGAGCUCUCCGCCACGCGCUCGGUGAAUGAGAAGAGUGCUGUUUCAAGGAGGUACGUGUUUGAUGCAUCAAAGAUUGCCACUCUCAAGGCUAAAGCCGCCAGUGGUAGCGUUCCGCAGCCCACGCGCGUUGAAGCCGUGUCAGCUCUCAUUUGGAAAUGUGCGAGGACGGUGUCAAGGCCAUCUAAGCUGGUCCAAAUAAUGAACAUCCGCAAAAGGGUAGUGCCGCCGUUUCCUGAAAGUUCUUUUGGGAAUCUCAUGUGUUUGUUUGUGGCGAAAACAGGGGACAGGGAGACAGAGUUGCAGGGUUUGGUUAUUGAGUUGAGGAAAGGGAUAGAAGCUUUUACUGAAAAUUAUGCAUCAAAAUUUCAAGGAGACGAAGCUUUUUCGGUGUUUGGGGAGUCUUAUAAAGAGAUUGAUAACCUUUACGCAGAGAGUAUUCACUUCAUUGGCUUCUCAAGUUGGUGCAGAUUUCCUCUGUAUGAAGCUGAUUUCGGGUGGGGAAAGCCCACAUGGGUAACUGUUGGUGAUUUGGUGCACAAGAAUUUUAUUGUGCUGCUGGAUACGAGAGAUGGCGGCGGAAUAGAAGCUUGGGUGACUCUUAGUGAAGAAGAUAUGGCGUUAUUUGAAUGUGACAAAGAACUGCUUGAAUUUGCAUCCUUGAAUCCAAGAGUUAAGAAUUAAAUGAUUUCAUUUCAUCUUCUCGAUCUGGAUGAUUAUAACUAAUAUUCUGCUUGUAUGAUCCAAUUUCCUGUUCGAUCUCAUAGCAUUUUUGAAAAAAAUGCCCAAUUGAAAAUAAAUGUUCUCCUCUUUUUUCUUUUUUUUUUU